AUGAACACGGCGGCGGCGAUGGCGAUUUGGGUGCUGCUUCUGCACUCGGCCACGAUCGGUUUCGUGACUCCGGUCGAGGUGCAUUUCGACAACCCAGACGGAGGAUUCUUCGUCCGGCACCCGAUUAUUGGAGGUCCCGGCAACAACCGACAGCAGCAACAGCAAAUGGGCGGUGGCAGCGAGGACGACGACGGCGACGACGACGUCGGCGGUGGUGCCGUGCUCAGCGUGGACAGGUUCACCGUGUUGCAGGACGUACCGCAGACGUCGAUCAGGGCCAGUUACGGGCCGUUCUCUACCAAGCAAACGGUACCGUCGCGUUACCUGAUACCAGAUCCGAACUCGGCCGGCAUGUCCGGUGGCGUUAACGGUUCCGGUUCGUCGGUCGGCUACUCGUCGGCCGUGGACAUAUCGUCGAUGGACGUGUCCGCACACCUGGUGCAGAGGCGCGUGUACCGCGAGAACCCGGUGGUCCGGACGCUGUUCCACGUCGGCUACAGCGUGGUCAGGUCGCAGUCUGCCGGUUCCGGUCCUCCGCCUCCGAUGCCGCUGUCCGCCGGAGACGCGGUCGGCGGUGGUUCCGGGCGGUCGGCUUCCGGCUCGUCGUCGUACGGUAAACUGUGCGCGGUGGCCAAGGCCACGUUCGAGGGAGCCGAGCGGCCGGUCACCGCGGCUUGCAAGCCCGACCCCAAGGACGGCGUUUGCACCGCUCGGCUGGUGUUGCCGGCCAAAUGGUGGCCGCCGCUGAACCCGCCGGACGCCAAGCCGGUCAAGACGCCGCAGCGGUACGUACAGAUCUCUUACGCGCUGCUCGAGUCCGACCACCGGUGCAGUCAGUCGGACGUGCAGCUCCAGCCGUUCACUUACAUCGGACAGGCGGCCCUGGAGCACGCCCAGCGCCCGUACAAGGAGCUCAAGACGGACGCGUACCUGUUGACUCUCGUCCCGUCCGUCCCUCUCUAUCCCAAGUCGUUCACGUACGUGCCCGUGUUUUUCGACGCCGGACCCAAGGAGCAGAACAUCAAAGGGUUUAUUCUCAGGGCCAAAGUGAAGAACGGGCUGCGGGUGUUGAGCGCCGAAAACAGCGACCCGGAACGAUGGACCAUCAACUACACGUCGAACCCGAGGGGCACUCAGAUCACGGUGACGGCUGUGCACAAGGGGCUGCCCACGACCGCCGGGUCUACGUGGCCGAACUCUCGGUACGAGGAGGUGUUGCAGUGGUUGCUGCAGGUGGACUCGGAGGCGGAGGACGUGUGGGAGGAGGGCCGGGUAGUAUGGACCGUGCAGUACGUCAUGGAGGCGGCGGGUAACGUGACCAACUGGACGUCGGCCGCAGCCGUUCAGGGAAACCAGCCCAAGGUCGACCGUCACCGCGCCGCGUACAAACAUCACCGGCGGCAGGCGGCCGUGUUGGCCGGACGGAGGAGGACGGCCCGGCUAUCCGGGGCCGCGACCAAGAUGCUCUACCUGGACGGCGUCAACGGCGUGUUGGACGGCGUCAAGCGCAAGAUUUCCGCCCGGUUUGAGAUACACAAGGACGACACCGAAGCUGUACUUCCCAUAUCCAAGAACUGGGAAAUAAUCAACACUGCCGUAUUGACCGGAAAGCAGAUAUCGCACGCGAUGAAGGUGUUCGUGGUCAGCUACGCUGGCAAAAUAUCCGACGUCACCCGACAGUCCGUGUGUCAGAUAGAGGACGACAGCGUGCUUAAGGUCACGUCUUCAUGCAGUUCGGUGUACGUGGACGGAUCGGAAAUCCGGGGAUCGUCCAAUGCUACGGUGAUCGUCAAGUACGAAACGUAUACAGGCACGGCGCAUUUCAUCGUGUGGGUGCCAGAAAUCAAUGAAAUGGACCUGACCAUUGCCGACCAGAAACUGAACCAGAUCAAAGGCUGGCGGGUACCGGUGAGCCUAGAGGCCGAUGACGACAUGGACGAUUACGUCAACAAGUUGAAAAGGUCAGCCGAGGGCAAAGGUGGCGCUCACAUGAAAUCACCGAUGCCGGACGGCGAUUUCCGGUUGAACGAAAUGAUCACCGAGGAUAUGGUUGCCGAUGCAUACGACAGAAAGACCAGCUGCCAGUUGAGAUUUCAACAGACGUCGGUCGAGAUAUACGCCAGGUUCAAGGCGACUGACCACGACUCGGGCCGGGUGAGCUACUUCGUGAACCGUCGGACGUGGCUAAAGGUGACCGAUCUGCUGCUGCACUACCUGCGGUCGUCGGACCCGCGGGUCGCGUCCAUCACGGGUCAGAUCGUGCGUGGCCACAACCCAGGCCGGACAGAGGUCCAGGUGAUCUCGGCGCUGUCUGGGCACGUGCUCGUGUCGAAGGAGAUCCGGGUGGUCAGCGACAAAGUGAGCGUGGCCCGGCUGGCAGUGAACGUCGUGUCCGGUCUGCAGCUGAACAUCCGGCCGGACGCGGCCGUUGACAACAACUACAUCGCCGAGACGUCCGUGACCAGGAAGCUGACGGCCAAGUACCAGGAGGGCCUGCUGGACAUCGACCUGUGGUUCACGGACGACACGCGCACACCCCUACGGUCGGUGGCCAUGUCCGACUACGCACUCCGCGUCGAGUCAACCAACCCCGACGUGGUGGCGUUUGCCCCGAUGGCCGCCUCUCCUCACCCUAGGGUCAUAGCAGUGGGUUCCGGUAAGGGGCAGCUGCUGCGCGUUUCGUUCGGCCCUCCCGACGCUUGCGGCAAACACGAGCCGGUGGCGGUCAGUGGGGGCCGGAAAACUGUUCUGCCGACCACGCUCAGCGAAACGGCGGCCGAAGUCCAGGUGGACUUUUCUUCGUCUCCGUACUCGGUCGAACAGUUCGUUCAGAACGACGGCGGUGGUGGCGGUGGCAGUGGAGUGCUGAACGUAGGACCGCCUCGUGACAAAAAGGAUCACAACAAGGACUCGGCGGGAAUGGCUGGCAUUAUAGACGAAAACAACGAUGAACCCACAGUGCAAGCUCGACACACCUAUAACAACGUCGUCAACCCUAUCACCAACAGUAUUGGGAGCACAACUGUGCACGCCCACAAAGUACCCUCUCAGGUGAGCCCGUUUGAACUCGGCAUGUACACCCUGUUGGCGGCUCUGUGCUUCGCCAUCGUGGCGUUCGUCAUAUCAUGCGUCGUCUACGCAUCCAAAUACAAACAGAACUCGUUGGAAAUGCCCACUACCACAUUGAUGACAAAAUCGUUCAUGGGUAACAUGAACGGGGCUAAGGACGGCUGUGGAGGCAUUGGCGGUGGUGCUGGCAGUGCCAAACCUUUGUCAGAUGAACCGACCAUGAACGCCCACGAUUGGGUGUGGUUGGGCAGAUCAACGUUGGAACGUUCGUCCGGCAUGCUGGUACCGUCCAUGGGCAACAAAUCACACAACAACAACAACAAUAACAACAAUAAUAACAACAACCAAAUCAACGAGCACAACAUGAGAAUUAUGUCAAACCCAAUUUAUGGCGUGGACAACAACGGUAGUGGUAACAUCGGUAACCACCAGCAGCAGCAGCAGCAGCAACAGCAGGUUUGCAGCAGAAAUCCUCCUCCGCAGAUCAAUACUUCCACGUACAGCGUUAAGGACCGGCUGUCCAACGGCAAUAUCGUUUUCAAUAAACUAUGGAAAGUACUUCCGACACCGAACGACCAGAAUCUCGAGAAACCAGCUGACUAUAGGCCACCGGUACCUCCUCACAGGACGCAGUUGAACAACGCGGACAGCAUGAUGAUUGGCGACGGUGACGGCGACAAUGACGAACAAGCGCCGCCACCCCCAAAACGGCAACACCAUCACCACCAUCACCAUCACCGCAACCGCAGUCAAGGUGGUGGCAGAUCUUCGUCGAUCGCUGGCAACCAUAACAACCCUAAACUGCCGGAGAGGAACUCCGACCCGCUGUUCGUGGAGUCCUGUAACCGGAGAUCGAUGGACGUGAAACGGGCGGCAAUCAUCGGGAACCCGAUGUUUGCCUUCGAUCCCGCGUCCGCUGACCAGAAACACCAGAACGCUGCAGGAGCCAGUGACACGAUCAAACUCGACGACCUCAACCUCGGCAUGGACUAUAAACAGCUGAUGGAGUACUUUGACAACCUGAAAGAGUCGAACGCUUAA